AUGAAUCACUCGGCGGGGUUGGCUUCAUGCGUCGGCGGAGUCAGCGUGCGCGGGCUCGGCGGUGUAGGAGCUGCUUCGGUGCUGGGCGGUGUCGGCGCGGCUUCGGUGCUGCUGGGCGGCGUCGUGGAGGCGUCAUCACUCAGGCUUGGCAGCGGCGUGGGCGUGGGCGCGGGAGUUGGCGUCGACGUCGUCGGCUGCGGCGAGGACUGCGACGCGGAGGGCUGCGAGCGCGGGGCGGACGGCUGCCAGGAAUGCGAGUGGUGGAGGCUGCACUGCUACUGGAGCCACGCUGGCGACCACCCGAGGCAGUUCUCCCUCGUCGCCGGCGACGAUUUCGCGGACCAUAUGCGCAUACGACCGCCGGUUGCAAGCCAUCUGAGAAACUUGAUCACUGAGUUCGAGGAGAUCCAACUUGAAGCUCCUGAUGGCCGUGUGUACCCUGUUAAAAUCGGUUGGGAGUUUGGUGACAUUGUUCUUAGGUCUGGAUGGCACGACUUUGUCAAGGUGCAUCACAUAGAACAAAACUCCUCCAUCCGGUUUGUGUACCGUGGGAACUCCAGCUUCGAGGUUCACAUAUCCGAUUCACCCGGUCACGGCAACUCUUCUCCACCACCUCCUCGUGAUUGUCAUGUGCCGAAUGAACAAGUGGUGCCUGAUCCUGCACAUGUUCAGACACCAAUCAACAUUGACUAUACCGCAUUCCCUGGGACCAGGCUAAGCCAUGAACAAGAGAAGAAAGUGCUAGAACUAGCUCAGAGAAGCAUGAGGUCUGAAUUUCGUCUGCAUGUGGCAGCUGUGAACAAAAGGAAUGCCAACGGGGACUGCCAUGUUUACAUACCCUUGACGCUUUUGGACAGUUUCAAAGAGGGGAUAACUGAAGCUCCAAUUCAGCUCAAAGCCCAUAGCAACGACAUGAUAUAUGUUGUUGGCGCAAGCAAGCAUGGUGACGAUCAAGUAAUCCUCCAAUCUAAGUUGAGUCAUUUUGUAGAUGGUCACCGCAUGCAAGACAACGACCUCCUCGUCUUUAGAAGCAAGGGGAAAGCCCAGCUCGAAGUUCUUGUCCUUGACCCGAGCGGUUGUGAGAAAACCUGGUUUGACACGGGAAACUCUUCAAACGUUUCCAGAGAAGGCCGUCGUGCACAAGCUCAGAACACGGCUUCAACAUCCUUCGGUUGGGCUAAAUCAGGACUCCAAGCUCGCGAGUCGAAUGAAGCAGGUUUACAAGCUCCUAGGUCCAACAACUACAUAUCAACCCAAUCGACCCCUCUACAUAGCCAACAGAAAGAGAAAGUCGAAGAGAGGGUUCGGGCAAUUGGUUCCCAAUUUCCUGUGUUUGUUAAAGUGGUUAGCUCCAGUGAGGUUGUUACCAAAACUUCUCUGUACUUGGGCCCGGAGUAUGCUUCGGCAUGUCUCCUGACCCAGCCAGGACGUCUCCGCCUCCUGCUGGACGGCGACGACAGGGAUUGGGACUGCAUGUUGGGCUUGAGGAAAUCUAACAAAACUUGGUGGAUCGACAGAGGAGCCUGGCCGAAAUUCAUCUCGGAUGUCGGGCUGGAGGAAGAUGACAUCUGCCUCUUCGAACUGACGGACACGAGCAGUCUCACGAUGAAGGUCCAUGUGAUCCGCAAGUCGGAUAUACCGGCGCCAUGAGAGAGUUUGACUGAAGAAUGGCCUGAUGCUAGAUAGAGCCUGUGUCUAACUGAUGGACCCUACACUUUUGCUGACUCCUUGUGCUAUUGUUGCUGAUCCCUGUAUUGCUGCUUGUUUAGCAGCCACCUCAUGAACAACUACCUAUAACUAACUAGUGAUGAUUCAGAUUUCCACCA